AAAGGGGAACACAAAGGAAAAGCAGAGCGGCACAGUCGUAAACAAUCGUCGGGCGCGAAGAAACUACGAUGUCCUGGACACCGUAGAAGCCGGGCUCGUCCUGACCGGAACCGAGAUAAAGGCAAUCCGCGAAGGGCGCGUCAACCUCAGCGACGCAUACGGCAAACCCGAGGGCGGCGAGCUGUGGCUAGUCAACAUGCACAUAGCGCAGUACUCCGCAGGCUCCCGCAACAACCACGAGCCAACGCGCCCCCGCAAGCUGCUGCUGCACAAGGACGAGAUAAUCCGCCUGUCGCGGCAGGUUUCGGAAAGAGGGCUGACACUGGUGCCGAUGCGUCUCUACAUCAGGCGUCACCGAGCAAAGGUGGAACUUGGAGUGGCAAGAGGACGCAAGCUCUACGACAAGCGGCGCGCCAUGAUCGAGCGCGAACGCGAACGGGAGGCAAUGCAGGCAGUGCGCCGAUAAAGGCGCCCUACCCGACCUCGCCACGAGUCGGACGUUGGCAUUAA